UCUGAAAGAGCUCAUUACUCCAACGUGUAGAGAUGUGAUUGUCUACAGGACUCUUUACUGUGUUAGUUGGUCAUCACUGGGGAGAUUUAGCUAGCUACACAUACGGGGAUUGCUAAACCUGAAUCAUGCACAUCGUCAUUACAUCUAACUGGGAGUGGAGCAGAAAUUGUGCAAGAUAUGGAUAGGACUUAUCUUUGGUUCUAGAGAUUGCGCGGUUGUUGCUCCGAGUCAAGUUUCCAGCAAGUCCCAUAUUCCAUAAUGCUUCACGAGGACUCGACUCAUUGGAACCAUGUGCACAUUUCCUCACGUGUGUUUCAUGUUGAAGCGGUGAGGCUGGGAUAAAACGGGAAAAUUAGCAAACAACAAGCAUUGGUGCAAAUAURUUUUUGUCGUAGACUUUCUGUGAUUUCUGAAGUCGAGGAGGAAGGUGUGCACGAUAGUUGUGACCCAGCUAAAAUAAGUCAAGAAACAUGGGGAACGCAGGGAGUAUGGACCAACAAACUGAUUUCAGGGGACAUAACAUGCCUUUGAAACUGCCUAUGCCGGAGCCAGGUGAAUUGGAGGAGAGAUUCGCAAUCGUUUUGAAUUCGAUGAACCUUCCUCCAGACAAAGCGCGACUACUGCGGCAGUACGACAACGAGAAGAAGUGGGAGCUCAUCUGUGAUCAGGAACGAUUCCAAGUGAAGAACCCACCUCACACAUACAUCCAGAAGCUGAGGGGCUAUCUGGACCCGGCCGUCACCAGGAAGAAAUUCAGACGGAGAGUGCAGGAGUCCACCCAAGUCCUGAGAGAACUGGAAAUUUCGUUAAGGACAAAUCACAUAGGGUGGGUGAGAGAAUUCCUCAACGAAGAAAACAAAGGCCUGGAUGUUUUGGUGGAGUAUCUUUCUUUUGCGCAGUACGCUGUCACGUUUGAUGGCGACAGCGUGGAGGACAACCCGGAGAAGUCGGUGGACAAGCCCUGGAGCAGAUCCAUAGAGGACCUGCAUGGGGGGAGUAACUUCCCGUCCCCCGUCAACGGGAACAGCAUCUCCCGCUCCGGGCGACACUCCACGCUACGUUGCAACACGUUGCCGAGCCGGAGAACUCUGAAGAACUCCCGGCUGGUCUGUAAGAAGGAUGACGUUCACGUCUGCAUCAUGUGCCUGCGAGCCAUCAUGAACUACCAGUACGGCUUCAACAUGGUGAUGUCCCACCCGCAUGCUGUGAAUGAAAUUGCACUAAGUCUCAACAAUAAGAAUCCCAGAACCAAAGCUCUCGUGUUGGAGUUACUGGCCGCCGUGUGUCUCGUCAGGGGAGGACACGAAAUCAUCCUCUCUGCGUUCGACAACUUCAAGGAGGUGUGUGCCGAGACACAGAGGUUCGAGAAGCUAAUGGAACACUUCAAGGACAUGGACAACAACAUUGACUUUAUGGUGGCAUGUAUGCAGUUCAUCAACAUCGUGGUCCACUCGGUAGAGGACAUGAACUUCAGGGUUCACCUGCAGUACAACUUCACCAAGCUCUGUCUGGACGACUACCUGGAUAAGCUGAAGCACACAGAGAGUGACAAGCUGCAGGUGCAGAUCCAAGCCUACCUGGACAACGUGUUUGACGUGGGCGCCCUGCUGGAGGACGCCGAGACCAAGAAUGCCGCGCUGGAGCGGGUGGAGGAGCUGGAGGAGAACAUGUCACAUAUGACGGAGAAGCUGCAGGACACGGAGAACGAGGCCAUGUCCAAGAUCGUGGAGCUGGAGAAACAGCUGAUGACGCGCAACAAGGAGCUCGACUCGAUCCGGGAGGUGUACAAGGACGCCAACUCGCAGGUGCACACGCUGCGGCGGAUGGUGAAGGAGAAGGACGAGGCCAUCCAGAGGCAGUGUAACCUGGAGAAGAAGAUCCACGAGCUGGAGAAGCAAGGCACCAUGACGAUCCAGAAGAAGGGCGUCGGGGACCUCUCCAACCUGCCCUCGCCGCCCGCCCCCGGGGGCCCACUGGUGGCAGGAUUUGAGGGUGUACCAGGGGGCUAUAAAGGGGGUGCGGUCAGCCCGAUGGGGUCGAAUGGGAUCCCGGGGAUGCCCGCGCCGCCCCCUCCUCCUCCCCCACCGCCUGUGCCUGGGACUGUGCCAAAUGGGCCAUUGGCUGGCCUCGCCGCUCCUCCCCCCCCCCCCCCUCCCCCCCCGCCCCCGCCUCCCCCUGGCCCUAUGGCGGUGUCUGCCCCCCCGCCCCCUCCUCCACCCCCCAUGGCCCCACCGCUGCCCGGCUGUGGAUCCCCCACUGUCAUCUUCAACUCAGGGUUAGCAGCCGUGAAGAUUAAGAAGCCCAUCAAGACCAAGUUCCGUUUGCCCGUGUUCAACUGGGUGGCGCUGAAGCCCAACCAAAUCAACGGCACCGUGUUCAACGAGAUCGACGACGAGAGGAUACUGGAGGACCUGAACGUGGAUGAGUUUGAGGAGAUGUUCAAGACGAAAGCCCAGGGCCCGGCCAUCGACUUGGCCGUGAGCAAGACCAAGAUCAUCCAGAAGGGUCCCAACAAGGUGGCGCUGCUGGACGCCAACCGGGCCAAGAACAUGGCCAUCACCCUGAGGAAAGUGGGCAAGGCCCCGGAGGAGAUCUGCAAGGCCAUUCAGCUGUUUGACCUGCGCACCCUGUCGGUGGACUACGUGGAGUGUCUGAUGCGCUUCCUGCCCACGGAGAACGAGGUGAAGAUCAUGCGUCAGUACGAGAAGGAGCGGAAGCCCGUGGAGGCUCUGACAGACGAGGACCGCUUCAUGAUGCACUUCAGCAAGAUCGAGCGGCUCAUGCAGAAGAUGACCAUCAUGGCCUUCAUAGGCAACUUCUGCGAGAGCGUUCAGAUGCUGACACCGCAACUUCAUGCGAUCAUCGCAGCAUCUGUGUCAAUAAAAUCCUCACAGAAACUCAAGAAAAUUCUAGAGAUUAUCUUGGCUCUCGGAAACUACAUGAACAGCAGUAAAAGGGGAGCGGUAUACGGUUUUAAACUACAAAGUUUAGAUUUGCUACUAGACACCAAGUCGACAGACCGGAAAAUGACACUGUUGCACUACAUAGCCAACGUGGUGAAGGAGAAAUACCACCAAGUCAAUCUGUUCUACAACGAACUGCAUUAUGUGGAGAAGGCCGCAGCAGUGUCGUUAGAGAACGUUCUGCUGGAUGUGAAGGAGCUCCAGCGGGGAAUGGACCUGACUAAGAGAGAGUACAGCAUGCACGGUCACAACACCAUGCUCAAAGACUUCAUCACACACAACGAGGGCAAGCUGAAAAAGCUGCAGGACGACGCCAAGAUCGCACAGGACGCCUUCGACGAGGCGGUCAAAUUCUUCGGCGAGAAUUCCAAAACGACGCCCCCGUCUGUGUUCUUCCCGGUGUUUGUGCGCUUCGUCAAGGCCUACAGGCAAGCGGAGGAGGACAACGAGCAGAAGAAGAGAGCGGAGCAGAUGAUGAUGGAGAAACUUCUGGAGCAGGAGGCCAUGAUGGACCAGGAGGACAAGAAGUCUCCGUCCCAUAAGAACACCAGGGGCAGGAGUCAGCAGCAGGAGGUGAUAGCUGAGCUGAGGAAGAAGCAGGGGAAGGAUACGGGAAGCCGCCACGUGUACGAGGGCAAGGACGGAGCCAUCGAGGACAUCAUCACCGUCCUAAAGAAGAAUAAUAUUACUAAAUUUCCCAAUGUCCACUCGAGGAUCUUCGCAAUCAGCCUUACAGGCGAGCCGACGCGGUGAGGAGGAGCGUCAGGAGACGCUUUGACGACCAGAACUUGCGGCCGGUCAACAACUCUGAUGUCGUAAUUUGACGAGGGAGAAGUGCAUGUGUUAGGGGCGGAGGGUGAGGAGGGGGAGUGAUGUGGAAAGUGUAGCAGCCUCUCACUCUUAAGGACUGAAGGAGAGAUGGAUGGGUCUGACAGGUCAGUUAUAGGGAACCUUAGACAAGCCAAGUGCCUAAAACUUACUUGUGAUCAGUUGUUUUGCCUCCCGUUUGUCUGUCUUGUGAAUUUUUUUUUAUUACUUCAAGCAAUACCUGGCUUUAAUUGUAUUUUCCUUUGAUAUGUAAAACUGGACACAGACGUCUGUAGCGGGGAUUCCUGAAAGAAGUGUAGAAUGUAACGGGUCACGGUUCCCUUAGCUGUCAAAAGGUAUUCCGCCACAGGGGAUGAAUAUGGUAUUUCAUAGCUAGUAUCUUAUUACAUUCCUGGUGCUACUGCCAUCACUCUUAGAAAUUACACAAUGUGCUCGAGUGGCACUCUAAAGAACGCAUUAGCUUUUCCAAUGUUACUAAAGGGCUAAUGUACUUUUUAAAGGGAACAUACACUAUAUAUACAAAAGUAUGUGGACACCCCUUCAAAUGAGUGGAUUCGGCUGUUUCAGCCACACCCGUU